AUGGGGACUGCUGAAGAAUGGGAUGCGAUUUUCCGAGAGUCAGAUAAUGAAGAGUAUGUCCUUUCGGGUAGAUGUUGGCUAGAAGUAUUUGAGAGCAGGAGUUGGAAUCUUUUCCCGCACGCCUCUGUCCACGAGAAAGUAGCUGCAUCUGAUGGCUGCUCGCCGUACUCUGCUGCAGAUCUUCGAGUUGAAGCCAUUUCUUGCUUAGAUCAACAGCUGGCCUUCCAGCAAAGCUGCUAUGAGAUUACUCGGCUGUCACGCAAUUUUCUGGGUGCACAGAAAUGGUGUGAACGGGGCGGAGGACACCUCGCCUUCAUCUUGGAUGAGGAAACUCAACAGUUCCUACACGACCAUCUGGAAGUGGAAAAGGACUGGUGGAUUGGGCUAGCUCCAUGGAAACAGAACUUAACUCAGGAUGAAAUGACUUCAGAAGGAACACUGUCCUGGCUGGAUGGUACAAGGGUGACGUAUGAUAACUGGGCUCCAGCACACCAGCCUUCUCCAUCAGCAACAUGCGCUCACAUUCUGAAGAACUCUAUGUACCACUGGAAGAGCACAGACAACUGUGGCCAGGAGCUCCAUUUCAUUUGUGAAUACGAGUCCAGCCGAGCUUUUGCCUGCGAUCACUUCAAUGCUACACUACAGUGCGAGUCUGGGCAGGUGAUUCAGAUCAACAGUAGUUUUUAUGGCCGCAAAUCUCUCUCUUUCUGCACCUUGGAGUCUGUAACCCCAACCGAACUUCAAGAUUGCAGUUGGAUUGAUGUAAGAGAAAAAGUGAAAGGUCAGUGCCAUGGAUUACAGGCUUGCCAAGUUGGAGCAGAUAAGACAUCCUUUGGUGAUCUUUGUCCAGACCUGGGCAAUUACCUUGUUAUUGACUAUCAUUGCAAAGAAGGUCUUCAUUUGCUUGUUGAUGAUGUGUAUGCAGUCCUGGAAAACAUCACGAUAUCUCAAACGUGGUUGCUGCAUCCAUACUCUGGGAACCUCACCUGCACAUUCGACACUGGCAAUGGCUUCAUAACCGAACCAUAUGAUCCAGUGCAGUCCACUAGCAACAAGACUUACCAGUAUCGGACUGCAGGUCUCUUCACUCUCAAUGUCGAAUGUACCUCUAGUGAGUGGCAUGUGACAGCGCAGAAAAUGGUCUCAAUCCAACAGCCAAUCAAUGGUUUUGGAAUAAUCAAAUGCUACAAUUUCAAUCAAUCUGAAGAAACUAAUGACUGCACAGUUCCAUAUGGAGAUCCACUGUUGAUUCAGCUUGUGGUUGAAGAAGGUGCAGUUUACUUUUCAAGAGCAGUAGAAUGA